CACUUUCCCCCUGAUGCAGAUGUCUUGUGUUUUGUGUCCCUGUAGCACCGGCAGCUGCCAGCAGAGGGAGCAGGCACAAAGAGUUCUCUGUUGAGGACCCAGUUACAGUACAGUCAUGUCAGCAGCAGCAUCACAUUUAGAGAAGUGAAUGUUGUUGCUGUGCUCUGAAUAAUCAAGCCGUGUUUGAAGUCACUUGCCCAGCAGCGAUUUGGAAAAUCCUGUGUGGUGGAAAUACCCCACACGUGGCAUUCCUGCACACGCGUACAGACACACCUGAGGAAGACAUCUCUCUAGAGGGAGCAAAUACCAAACAGCAGGGCGAGAUGACAGGACCGCGUCGGCGACAGGAAACUGGAGGACGGGGAGGAACAGACGCCCUCUGCUCGGACUGACCCAGAUGUUUCCACAGCAGACCACUGUAUCAGCUGGAUGCUCCUCACCCCUUCGACAUUACAGCCAGUUGAGAUUCCAGUUGCUGUCUGACUGGACGGAGGGCUGUUCACUCUCCAAGUCCAAACGCAGAGUCGCUGAUUGAAUCCUCGUCAACACGUCCACAGAUUCAGUUUGACAACAGAAGAAGAAUCCACCGCUUCCUGUCUUGUCCAGGACAAAACCGUGGGUUCAUCAAAAGUUGUGAUUACAACCCAUGAAUAUUCUCAUCACCUGGUUUUACAACAAUGGUUUGUACUGUUCAAGCUACAGAUUAUUCCUGGCCAAUGUCUUUGCCAGCUGAUCUGACUCUAAGUAAGUAAAUUAUUACAAUGAUUAAUUUUUGCCGCGAUACUGAUGUCGCAUUUUAAAGAAAUGUCUUAGUUUUAAGACCACAUUUUACAUUUAUUCAAAAAUUACUUAAGGAUUUUACCUCAGCUGUUUUUGCCCAAUAACUGAAAACCUAUAAAAUGGAAGGUUUUCAUUGAUGAGAUCACAGACCAAAUGCUCAAAUAUGAAAUGAAAGAAAUAUUUUACCAGUUGUAAGAAAAACGUUACUUGCACUUCUCUUUAAUGUCUGCAAACUUCUGUGACCCAACCUUCACAUAUUAAAACACAUUUUGUAGAAAGAUAUACAAACUUAUCUUCAUACAUUUGCCAUUUUAGGUCAAAUAUUGGCAGAACUACAAAAAAACUGAUGUCUGACUUGGUUGCUUUCAUUUCGAAAGAGACACAUAAAUAAUCCCUUGUCUGUAAUCUGUCUGAAAUCUGUCUGAAUGUUUAGAUUUCCAUUUAACCCGAAGGGAAAGGAAAGCAGCUAAAUUGUACUUUUUUUUAUGCCUCUACAUUUUUCCUCUAUUGCUGCUUAGCCAUUAGAAAGAGUGAUAGUGAGGGGAGUUAUCAUAGAAAUACCACAGAAUGCAAACUCAUCACUCUUAUUUAUUUCCCUCCAGAGAACGAGACAGACAUUUUUUGGGGGCAGAAGAAAUGAGAGGUAGCAGGACAGCGAGUGCUAUAGAGCAUCGAGUGGUGAUUAUGGUUAAUUACUGCUUUGUGCAUGUGAAGUCUGCGUUCAAAGAAAGUGACUAACCGUGGGGCUGUGUGAGCGCGGAGACAUUUACAGGGCAGACGGCUGGGCACAGGCGAUCGCUCUGCUGCUGUUAAGUGUUUAUGACAGGUGGGGAUAUGAAAGCCACUUUGAAACGAUGAAAGGAAUGUCUCUCUGAGAAAUUACCGCCAAAGUAGCUUCAGUAGUUUACGUCUCGGUGGCUUGAAAACUCUCUAGUACCAAAUAUAAUCAGUGGCUUGAAAAACUUUCAGUCUGAAACAUGCAGUUCCCACAUACCUACAAAGGACAGAAUAUUAAAACAACAAUACUGUUAAAUAGGACCCAUUCAAAUCUAUUUAACGUUUGCGUAAUAGUUUCUGACUUAUCAUUGACUCAACUCAUUUAUGUGAUACAGUAGUUGUUUGUUAUGAUUAUCUAUCAUUUCAUUGCAUUUCUCUUACUUACUUUUUUUUGCCAGAGUCUGAUCCUGUUUAUCUUAUUCAUAUUCAUAUGUGUUCAACAGCUCCAGUAUAGGAAAAACUAUAAAAACAUAUCAGUGAGCUGCACUGGGGGACAUAUCCCUUUAAUAAUCAUAAACAAGGACACUUUAUUCAUUAUCAUCCUCUGUAGUAUAUAGAUACUUACAUCCACCACAUCUAUGCUAAUCUCAUCCUGUGCGAUAAAUAUAUAUAUAUAUAUAUAUAUGUAUAUAUAUUAGCAUAUUUGUUACUUCAACCCACUGCACAUCUUCCUUCACUUGGUAAUACUUUUUGCUCUAUGUUUAUAUGUACAUAACUUUUUGAAACUGUUUUUUCCUUUAUAUUUUAUUGUAUUUAUUUUUUUGCAACUCUUUGUGAUACUCUGCUGCCGUGACAAUUACAUUUCCCCAGCGUGGGAUGAAUACAGUUCUAUUCUAUAGUUUAUUCUAGAGUCAAUCCCACAUAUAUUAACAGUCCCCAAAAAAUGCACCAUUUCCUCCUGUUUGAGGAACAUCUGCUAAAAUGUACAGUGUCAACUGUUGUAGAUUAAUCUGGUUUUGGAUUUUGCACAAACAGAGAUUCCCAAAUCAUUUUUACUCAUCUCUCUCCCCCUCCCUCUAUCCCUCUCUCUCCCUCUCUCUCCCUCUCCAUGUGCACCUGAGCUGAUGCUGCAAAACAAGGCCACGUGGGACUGACCAAUCACAACCGGAGGAGAGCUCCACAGGCUUGGAUGAAAGGGGCGUGGUGUUUGGAGCGGACAGAAGCCUGAUUGGCUGGCUGGACGAAUUAACACUGCUGCCGCUGAACUCGGUGCGUGCUCAUGCUCUCCAACGUAACAUCUACCUGAACUUGUCCUUCGUGGAUCAUAAACUCCCUCUGCACGCGACACAGACACACAGACAAGGACAGUGGAGAAGCUCAACCGCGGGGCCGACAAACCACCGCCGCACUAUGGAUAUUGGAGACUGUCCCUUCCGGAAGAAACGGAGACCACGGCUCAUGGACUUCUCAUCCUUUGCCCUGCUGACCGUGGCGCUCGUGGUGUUCCAGACGACCGUGGUUCGGGCAGACCCGGUGGAUGUGUUGCGGGCUCUGCAGGUCCCCUCUCUCCCGGAGGGCGUGAAGAAAGUCCCCGGCUUCUGCACAUCCCGUCGCUCCGGCAACCCCGACCAUGCAUACCGCAUCACCAAGAAGGCGCAGAUCUCUGCCCCCACCAAGCAGCUCUUCUCAGGUCGUUUCCCAGAGAACUUCUCCAUCAUGGCUCUGGUUAAGGCCCAGGCCGGCCUCCAGGCCUUCCUCCUCUCCAUCUACAGCGAGCAGGGCAUCCAGCAGCUCGGUAUCGAACUGGGACGCUCGCCUGUUUUCCUGUACGAGGACCAGAAUGGCAAGCCAGCCCCCGAGGACUACCCACUGUUCCGAGGCGUCAACCUGGCUGAUGGCAAGUGGCAUCGCAUCGCUAUCUCCGUUUCCAAGAAGAACGUGACUCUGCUGCUGGACUGCAAGAAGAAGAUGACCCGCGCGCUGCCCCGCGGCAACAACGCCGAGGUCGACACCAACGGCAUCACAGUGUUCGGAGCCCGUCUGCUUGAUGAGGAGGUUUUCCAGGGAGACAUCCAGCAACUGCUGAUCGCCUCCAACCCCCAGGCUGCCUACGACUUCUGUGAGCACUACAGCCCCGACUGUGACUCCCCGCUGCCCAAGACCCAGGCUCAGGACCCCAACACAUACAAGAAGCCGCUCAAUGGAAAGGCAGCCCCCACUAAAACCACCCCUGUCAAAGCCAAAUCCACCCCUAAGCCGGCCAAGAAACUUGUGGUCAAGCCACCUUUGCCCACCAAAGCUCCUAAGCCCUCCACAGCCAAGUCAACCAAAGCAAAGCCCACAGCGGUAGAGAUCCUCUUGUCUAAGAUCAAACCAACCACAGCAGCUAAAUCUAAGCCCCCUGCUGCCUUAGCUAAGAACGGCAAUGGUAAACCAGCUGCUGAGAAGAAAGCCAAUGGUGCAGCUAAAACUAACGGCAAUGGAAAAACAGCUGCAGCAAAAACUAAUGGCAAUGGCAAAGCUACAGCCGAAGCUCAACCAACAGCUCAGGCCAAGGUGAAUGGCAAUGGAAAUGGUAAGGCUGUAACUGAGAAGAAAGUCAACGGUAAUGGGAAAUCCUCGGCAGAGAAGAAGGCCAAUGGAAAUGGAAAAGUCACCGUUGUGUCUAAGGUGAAUGGAAACGGCAAUGGCAAAGCUACUGCAGAGAAGAAAGCCAAUGGAAAUGGCAAAACCACCAUUGAAGUUAAAGACGUUAAAUUCAAAGUUAAUGGCAAAGCUGAGAACAAAGUCAACGGUGAGGCUAAGGCUAACAGCAAUGGGAAAGUUACUACUGUGGUAGAAAAGAAAGCCGUUAGUAAUGGUGCUGCAAGUCAGGCGAAAACUGAAACCACUACAAAAGCAAAGACUGAGAAAGUUGUCAAAUUAGAAAAGAUAGAAAAGUCUGCGGUCAGCGCAGCUAAAUCCGCUGCCAAAGUAGAAGCUUCCAAGGCGCCUAAACCCACGAAAGCAGCAAAACCUGAGCCCACAAAAGCGGCAAAGGCUGCGACUACCAAAGUGAAGGCAGAAGUGAAAGAGGUCACCAAAGUUAAAACUGUGGUCACCAAAGUCCCUCUGGUCAAAUCAAGGACGAGCAAAGUGGUGGUGAAGAACGUGGUUGAGAAGGUUUCCAUCUCGAAGAAGGCCGAACCAACGCCUGCCCCCGUGCGGCCCACUCCACCCAGACCCACGAAAUCCAGGGUGGUCGACCUGAAUGUCAAAUCCCUUCACAAACCCUUCCCGCCCUUUGGCAAGACUGUGCUGAGCGGAACUGUCAUCGCGGCUAAGAAAGCUACCAGCGGUUAUCAACAGGAUGUAGACACUGAAUAUACCGAGGCUGGCCACACCGCUACAGAGACUGAUUAUUACUAUGAGGAGACGGUCCCACUGCCAGAGGGUGAGGUGAUUGGACAUGAAGAGAUCCCUGUGAAGCCCGAGGAGGAGCCAACGCUGGUGGGAGCAGAGGUGGAUGCCACCAAGGCAGGCGGUGCAGGCGAGGAGGUCUUCACUGAGGAGUAUGAGACUGGGGACGUGGGCCUGAAGGAAUACGACUAUUCCUACAGGGACUACAAUGAGCCAUUAAUGGAGACGAGAGAGGUCGAUGCCAACAUGGGCCCCGCCCUGUCCGCUGUGACAGACGAGGGAGGCGCCGCCGUCAGAGGCCAGAAAGGAGAGAAGGGAGAUCCCGCUGUCCUGGAGCCUGGUAUGCUCAUUGAAGGACCUCCAGGACCUGAGGGACCUGCUGGUCCUACCGGCCCCCCUGGCUCCUCUGGACCUCCCGGCUCUGUUGGCGACCCUGGCGAGAGGGGACCUUCUGGUAGACCUGGUCUGCCUGGAGCUGAUGGAGUCCCCGGCCCUCCUGGAACCUCAGUCAUGUUGCCUUUCCGUUUUGGUCAGAGCGGAGGAGACAAGGGUCCCUCUGUUUCUGCACAGGAAGCCCAGGCAGCGGCCAUCUUGUCUCAGGCCAGGAUGGCUCUGAAAGGACCUCCUGGACCAAUGGGAUUCACCGGACGCCCCGGGCCCCUGGGAAAUCCUGGAAGUUCUGGUCUGAAGGGAGAGGGUGGAGACCCCGGUCCUCAGGGCCCCAGGGGAACUCAGGGUUUGAUGGGACCUCCGGGCAAAUCUGGAAGAAGAGGUCGUGCUGGAGCUGAUGGUGCCAGAGGAAUGCCAGGAGAGACUGGAUCUAAGGGCGACCGUGGCUUCGACGGUCUUCCUGGUUUGCCUGGAGACAAAGGACACAGGGGCGACUCCGGACCAAUGGGACCAUCGGGAACUCAAGGAGAAGACGGAGAGAGGGGCGACGAUGGAGACAUUGGACCCAGGGGUCUGCCAGGUGAACCAGGACCUCGUGGUUUGCUCGGACCCAAAGGCCCUCCUGGAAUCCCCGGACCUCCCGGUGUACGAGGAAACGACGGGCCCCAUGGUCCCAAAGGAAACUUGGGUCCCCAAGGAGAGCCGGGACCUCCAGGUCAACAGGGAACCCCAGGAACUCAGGGAAUGGCGGGACCUCAGGGAGCGAUCGGACCCCCAGGAGAGAAAGGUCCCACUGGAAAACCAGGUCUGCCUGGAAUGCCCGGCGCUGACGGCCCUCCUGGUCACCCAGGAAAGGAGGGGCCUUCUGGCACCAAAGGAAACCAGGGUCCCAACGGCCCCCAGGGCUCCAUCGGCUACCCUGGGCCUCGUGGCAUCAAGGGAGGUCAAGGAAUCCGAGGCCUUAAGGGUCACAAGGGAGAGAAGGGAGAAGAUGGUUUCCCGGGAAUUAAAGGAGAUUUUGGUUCCAAGGGCGAGAGGGGUGAGCUUGGAGUAUCAGGGCCCAGAGGAGAGGACGGUCCAGAGGGGCCCAAGGGUCGCGUCGGACCCCCUGGUGAGCUCGGACCACUCGGACUAGUAGGAGAGAAGGGUAAACUCGGUGUACCUGGACUCCCUGGAUAUCCUGGAAGACAAGGACCCAAGGGAUCUCUCGGGUUCCCAGGAUUCCCUGGUUCCAACGGCGAGAAGGGAACAAGGGGUCUCUCCGGCAAACCAGGACCAAGAGGACAAAGAGGACCAACGGGCCCCAGAGGGCAGAGAGGACCAAGGGGCGCGACCGGGAAAGCAGGAGCAAAGGGAACUUCGGGAAGCGACGGCCCCCAUGGUCCACUUGGAGAGAGGGGAUUGCCCGGGCCUCAGGGAGCCAACGGUUUCCCCGGACCAAAGGGACCCCCUGGACCACCUGGAAAGGAUGGGCUGCCUGGACAUCCUGGCCAGAGAGGAGAAGUUGGUUUCCAAGGAAAGAUGGGUCCACCUGGGCCUCCUGGAGUCGUUGGACCUCAGGGUCCAUCAGGAGAGACGGGACCCAUGGGCGAGCGUGGCCACCCCGGACCCCCAGGUCCACCUGGAGAGCAGGGGCUGUCUGGUCCCUCUGGGAAGGAGGGCACCAAGGGAGACCCUGGACCCCAAGGAGGCCCUGGUAAAGACGGGCCCCCAGGACUGAGAGGCUUCCCCGGAGAGAGAGGACUGCCUGGAACCCCUGGAGGCGGAGGACUGAAGGGAAGUGAAGGACCUGCCGGACCUCCUGGACCUGCUGGGUCGCCUGGUGAGAGGGGACAAGCUGGUACCGCAGGACCUGUUGGACCUCCUGGCAGACCAGGCCCUCAGGGGCCACCUGGACCCGCUGGAGAGAAGGGAGUUCCUGGCGAGAAAGGCCCGAUUGGCCCGGCAGGUCGUGACGGAGUGCAGGGUCCUGUGGGUCUGCCUGGCCCCGCCGGACCAAUUGGAGUACCUGGAGAGGACGGAGACAAGGGCGAGGUCGGAGAGCACGGCCAGAAGGGCGCCAAGGGAGGCAAAGGGGAGCAUGGUCCUCCUGGUCCACCUGGUCCGAUGGGUCCCGUCGGUCAGCCUGGUGCCGCUGGUGCUGAUGGAGAGCUCGGGCCCAGGGGCCAGCAGGGGCCUUUCGGGGCUAAAGGUGACGAAGGAUCCAGAGGAUUCCCAGGUGCCCCAGGACCAAUUGGACUGCAGGGGUUGCCAGGACCAUCAGGCGAGAAGGGAGAGACGGGAGACGUUGGACCUCUGGGUCCUCCAGGCCCUCCAGGACCCCGCGGCCCUGCUGGACCUAACGGUGCUGAUGGUCCUCAAGGUCCUCCUGGUGGUUUGGGUAAUCCUGGAGCUGUUGGAGAGAAGGGAGAGCCCGGUGAGUCUGGACCGCCUGGAAUUGGAGGAGAACCUGGAAAGAAGGGUCCCCGUGGAGAGCGCGGCGAGAAGGGAGAGGCCGGACAACCUGGAACUUCUGGACCUACUGGAGGACGAGGACGACCGGGAGACGACGGACCCAAAGGAAACCCGGGUCCUGUUGGUUUCCCCGGUGACCCCGGUCCCCCUGGUGAGGUUGGACCCAGAGGUCAAGAUGGCGCCAAGGGAGAGAGAGGAGAAGACGGUGAACAAGGAGAAUCUGGCUCACCUGGACCUCCUGGUGAGAACGGACCUACCGGCCCCCUAGGAAAGAGGGGUCCUGCUGGAACAAGAGGCCCAGAGGGACGUCAGGGAGAGAAGGGAACCAAGGGAGACUCAGGUGCUGUUGGCCCACCAGGAAAAACCGGCCCUGUUGGCCCCCAGGGACAACCAGGAAAACCAGGAACAGAGGGUCUCCGGGGACUCCCAGGAUCAGUGGGUGAGCAAGGAUCUCCAGGACUUGCCGGACAGAAGGGACCACCUGGACCCCUCGGACCUCCUGGUUUGCCUGGUCUGCGUGGAGACCCCGGUGCCAAGGGAGAGAAGGGACACCCAGGUCUUAUCGGCCUCAUUGGGCCCCCAGGAGAGCAGGGAGAGAAGGGAGACCGAGGUCAGUCCGGGCCUCACGGAUCCUCCGGACCCAAAGGAGAGACUGGAAUGCCUGGAGGCACCGGACCCUUCGGCCCCUCUGGUCCUCCUGGUCUGCCUGGUCCUCAAGGUGUCAAAGGAGCUAAAGGUUCUAGUGGAGGAGCUGGUCCAAAGGGAGAAAAGGGCGUACAGGGACCACCUGGACCUCCAGGCCCACCGGGUGAAGUCAUUCAGCCCUUGCCCAUCCAGAGGAGUCCCAAGUCCAAGCGAUCCAUCGACGCCAGCCAGCUGCUCCCUGAGUCCGACAUGCCCGCGUCCGACGCUGCGGGCACGGAGUUCCUGAUGGGCAGUGAAGGCAUGGAGGAGAUCUUCGGCUCCCUCAACUCGCUUCGCCAGGAGAUCGAGACCAUGCGCUUCCCUCUGGGCACCCAGGACAGUCCCGCCCGCACCUGCCAGGACCUGCACCUCAGCCAGCCAGACCUCAAAGACGGAGAAUACUGGAUCGACCCCAACCAGGGCUGCUCCAGAGACUCCUUCAAGGUCUUCUGUAAUUUCACUAAUGGAGCAGAGACGUGCCUGUACCCCAGCAAGAGCAUUGACACGGUGAAGAUGAGCUCCUGGGACAAUGAGACUCCAGGAUCCUGGUACAGUCAGUUCACCACUGGCAGUAAGUUCUCCUAUGUGGACUCUAACGGCGAGCCACUGGGGGUGGUCCAACUGGGCUUCCUGCGUCUCCUGAGCGUCCAGGCUCACCAGCAGAUCACCUACCACUGCCACCGCUCAGUGGCCUGGGCCGACCGGAGCGCCCAGAACAACUACGACCGGGCGCUGCACCUCCGGGGCGCCAAUGACGAGGAGCUGAGCUACGAGACCAACCCUUACAUCAAGGCCUUGGUCGAUGGCUGCUCUUAUCGUAAAGGCUUCGACAGGACAGUGCUGGAGAUCAACACGCCUCAGGUGGAGCAUCUUCCUCUGCUGGAUGUCAAGGUGUCAGACUUUGGGGAGAGCAACCAGCAGUUUGGCUUUGAAGUGGGACCUGUCUGUUUCCAAGGCUAAAACACACACACACACGUACACACACACACCAGGCAGAUGCACACACAUGCACUUAGAGACACAGUUAUAACAAACAUACAUGCCCAAUAAUUUGUAAAUUAACUUGUAAAUGAUAUGAAACACACACACACACACACACACACACACACACACACACACACACUUAAACACACAGAUGCUGUUGUGAGACAAACACUCACACUCAAGUACGUGCCUGGGGAAAGCAACAUCCUCCCAACAAAUCAUGGACGUCAAAAAAAAAAAGCGAAGGAGAGAAAUACAAGGAAGAAGAAAAAAAAAUCGCGAUCAGGAAACCAUCACAUUCGCGAGACAGGAAGAAAGAAAAAAAACAGGAGAGUGUUCGUCGGAAUAAAACAGUGUUUUCUUUACCAGCAGUGAAGGGGCGUCGGCCUGAGAGAGCCCCUCCCCCCUCGUCUCUGAUCCCCCUCUCACUCUUCUCUCCUUCCCGCUGUCUCUCUUUUUAUCCCCCCCUCCAUCAUAUCACCUGCUCUACCUCCCCCCUCCCCCUCCCCCUGCCACAACAAGGGUCACACUCGGACAUCAUUUCUUUUUUUCACAAACCCACAGUCACGCUGCGAGAAGCUUGUGUGACAGUCACUCUCUUUGUGUCGUGGUUCGUGGCUUCGUCGUUUAUUCCUUUUAGUCAUUCAGGUAAAAACAUUGCUGAGAAUUUAAAGUUUUCAUGAACCAAAGAUCAAAACCAACACAGUCGACACCGAGCUGACGGGAGGGCGACGGCCAGUCGUCUACUUCCUGUUGUGACUCGUCAGCCAUGUUUGCUCACAUUGUAACUCUCAGCUCAUUUUUUAUUCAAUAAGAAAAUGAACCAAAGAAUUUUAUAAAUAAAAAGGAGGUGAAGUGACCAAACGGUACCAGCAGGGUCUUUGCUUGUUAGACUCAUCAGUUUUUUGUGUGUCUGGUUUUAAACUGCCACCAAGUGAAUAUUUUACUCUUUCACAACCUUUAACAUGUCAUUCACAGCGAAAACUGAUGAUUACAUUUUUUUUUAAAUCUUUCUGGUGUGAUGCAGCGAGGAUAUGUGAGUCCAGCAGCGAAUCUGAGCAGAAACAUUUGUUUACAUUGGACAGAAGUGAGGCAGGAAAGACGAUGUGUUGAAACCAAGAUCAGUGAAUUCAAAAGCCAUUAGUUCUUAUAUACUGUGCUAAACUUGAUGCUGUUGUAAAAAGGGCUGAUUCUUCUUCGUCUUCCAAUCAUGCGUCAAGCUACCAGGGUCACUACCACACAGCGAGUCACCGUCCGGAUGCUCCGCUUAUCGUUCUCCAUCCAGAAUCCACAUGUUCUGACUUUUGCAUCCCAGCACACAGAAACAUCAUCAGGGUUUAAUAUGAAAAAAAAAAUCUCAUUCAAAAUUCCCCCCUUUUAUUUUUUCCCUGCAUCAGUGAAUAUAACACAUGCUUUUGCUGAAGGAGACUGUGGCACGGUGCUAAUUCUACCAGAAGCAUUAGAGUCAGUAUUCACUUUACGAGUUCCUCCGUUCUCUGUAGUCGCUCUUUUACAAUUUCAUGAAGCUUUUUACUGGGGAACAUGUGCAUUACAUUCCAUUUGUACAGAAAUAGUGAUAUUCUAUUGUAUUUAUUUAAAAACAAAACAGGGUGCCUUGAGAUUUAAAAAAAAAAGAAGACAAGAACCACCAAAUAUUCCAGUCAAAAUGUGGUAUAUUUCAUUUGUAUUUAUUUCCUGUGGCUGAAGUGAAGCGAGUGACUGUCAGCCUGAGUCUUGGUGCUUCUGCUCGCACCCUGUCCAAACUCCUUGUGCACAACCAAACAAUCUGUGGCCAUAUUUUAUUGUAAUAUCCCUUUUUUAGUGUUUUCAUCAACUGUACUGUGCUGUUAAAUGUUUGCUUCCACUGUCAUGAUUAAAUGGUGACUCUCUCA